CCCGUGUUCGAUCGUAUGUUAACCUUCAUCCUGCCUUCUGGGUUCCUACAUCGAUUCAUCUCGAAUAUGUCUAGCAAUAUGGAACCCCAGAUCGAAACUGAUGCCCAAUGGAAAGAUCUCCGUGACCAUGCGCAAGGAAAAGUCGACCGCCAUCUGAAUCAACUCACCAAGCACGAGACAAGGUUGAAGGAGCUAGGAGAGAAGCCGGUGGAGGAGCAGAAGCUAUCCGCGAAGGAGAUCGAGAGCAGGCAGAGGAAAAUAGAGGCGCUGAAGCAGAAGGCAACGCACACUUCGAAGUUGUUCUAUGAGGAUCAGAAGUUCAAGAAGGAUGAGCAGAAGAAGCUGCUGAUUGAGGAGGCGAACAAAGCAUUGGAGGAGCUCGACAGUGAAGUGAGGGUCAUUGAUAAGGAGAUGGAGAGCGAACGGACAGUCUGAGUAGAUUGUAGUCUGCACAAUUUACUAAGCGCUUUACAGAGUAUCUGCAUACGUUGGAGACAUCGUCCUAUGCAACCAGAUCUUGCCGGUCU